AUGACAUCACGAAGUGCCCCUUCUUUGUGUGUCAGUGAUGUCACCAAGUGCAGUGUGGGGGACAAUGGAAUCCUGAACUCCGGGCGAGGGCGAGUGGGAAGCGGCUGCUCCUGCUGCUGGUUCAGGGCUGAGCCGGGGGAGGGAAGGCAGGACACAGCUGCUGCUUUAGGGCUGAAACAGGUUGGGGUGUGUGGUGGGGGGGUCGCUAUGUCGGAUGACGAUUCGAGGGCCAGCACCAGCUCCUCCUCAUCUUCAUCCUCCAACCAACAGACAGAGAAAGAGACAAGCACGCCUAAGAAGAAGGAGAGCAAAGUCAGCAUGAGUAAAAACUCUAAGCUGCUAUCUACCAGUGCCAAGAGGAUUCAGAAGGAAUUGGCUGACAUCACCUUAGAUCCACCUCCCAACUGCAGCGCUGGCCCCAAAGGUGAUAACAUCUACGAAUGGAGAUCAACCAUUCUAGGACCUCCGGGUUCAGUCUAUGAGGGAGGUGUUUUCUUCCUUGACAUCACAUUUACGCCAGAAUAUCCUUUCAAGCCUCCAAAGGUAACGUUUCGGACAAGAAUCUACCACUGUAAUAUUAACAGCCAAGGCGUCAUCUGCCUGGACAUUUUAAAAGACAACUGGAGUCCAGCGUUAACCAUUUCUAAAGUUCUCCUCUCCAUCUGCUCCCUCCUCACAGACUGCAACCCGGCUGACCCCCUGGUUGGAAGUAUUGCCACUCAGUAUAUGACUAACAGAGCAGAGCAUGACAGAAUGGCCAGACAAUGGACCAAAAGAUAUGCUACAUAAAUUGGAUUUUCGUCAAACUCUUACAUUAUUCGUCUGUGAUGGAAAGAGCUGCUUAUGAUUUUG